AGAGUCGCUUACAAAAGCCCCUGAAAACCUUCUUCCUUCCUUCCCCUGCCUCUCUCAUAGCCAUAGGAGUAUAUCAUAUACACUAUCACUGUUCACUACCCACUUUUAUAAUCUCUAGAUUUCGCCAUGGCUCCACCACAACAAAAGUAUCGUGGAGUUCGCCAGCGGCAUUGGGGUUCUUGGGUCUCCGAAAUUCGCCAUCCUUCCUUGAAGACAAGGAUCUGGCUAGGAACAUAUGAGACAGCAGAGGAUGCAGCCAGAGCAUACGAUGAAGCAGCAAGACUCGUGUGUGGUCCAACAGCACGCACUAAUUUCCCUUACAAUGCCGACGACUCUCAAUCAUUUCUGUCUUCUGCUUUGAUAGCUAAACUUCAAAGAUGCCAAAUGACAUCUUUCACCACCAUGCCCAAAAGACCUGGAACGACGAAAUUGGAAGAUGGUAAAAAAGAGAAUCAAAUCUCACCACUUAUUAGGAACAGAGGAGAUGGAGAUCAAGGCCAGAGUACUGAGAGUGCGUCACAACAAUUCAACGCACUGGAAGAUGAGCAUAUUGAUCAGAUGAUUGAGGAAUUACUUGAUUAUGGUUCUAUUGAGAUGUCUUCUGUUCUCCAAGAAUAAGACAUAGCUUCAAACGGCAAUCCUUCCGUCGCACUCUAGUCACUACUAUCCCUCAGUCUAUUUUUUUUUUUUGUCCUUUUAGAAAAUGAAGAGAUAAUUUAUUACUUAGUGUCUAAUUUAUUCUUAUUUUAUCGAUCUAUUAUUCAG